AUGCCCCGUGGCGGAAGACCUAUGCCAUCGCAAGCCCCGUGGGAAUGGCGUUUGGACACCGACACUCAUUCGAGUCGAUGGAACCCGCGCUACAUAGAGGAGGCUACACAAGAGCCGAUUUCAAUGGAGCUAGCCGAGCAUACAAGAUGUGAGCUGAGGAAGGUGUACUAUGGCUCCCUGCUACAGUGCUGGCUUCGGACCUAUCUGAAGGAAGCGUGGCUGCCCCAUUGGUUUUAUAUACCUCGUGUCCCGUAUUUAACCGACGGAGUCAUCUUUCCUCAUGCAAGCCAAAUCAAAAAUGGACACCUCCUGCCCGCACGAGUCAGAUCAUACAUCUCGGGUGAACCUGAGGUAACCUCCUUCAAUCGAGACGCCUUUUCGACGCAGAGGCUCGAGGACUUUCGAUUGUGGACUGAUGAUCCUUCCCAAAUACCCGACGAUGAUAUACUCCUGACAAGGUGUGCAUGGCUUAAUCAGACGACCGCCAUCUACUUUGAACCGGAGUUUGAGGAACGUGGACCUGACUAUUUUGGGGUCCCAUAUAUUGGGCGUGGCCUCUUCGCAGCCUGGCAGGAAGUCAAUAGCGACAGAGAAGAAGAACCCAAUUUGCAACAGAAGCGUUAUUUCGCAAACUCUAUAAUGCUGUUGGGCGGACCGAAAAUAAGGCCGAUUACAGAUAUCAUCAGCACACAUAGGCACAUCUGUGACGCCUUAGCGGAUAUGCAAGACAAACCCGUCAGUUCAAAGGACCCUUACUCCUGGAUUGAGCACGGCGCUGAGAUGGGAGUCGUUUAUCCAUCCAUUAUAAUUGUCGUCGACGACGCACGAAAUUACUGGAUUGACACAGCUGUUCGGUUUAUCAUGGAGCUCGAGCGCCGUGAGCAGGUUCGCUGUCCCCGUCUUAUGACAAUGAAGAAUAUACUGGACGAAGAGACUUUUCGUGACGCUGAUAAAUUUGCUGCGGGCGCGCUGGCGAUGGCCGAGGAGAAUGGUAGUAUUGAUCGGAAUUUCGACACUUGGGAGGCGGUCCGUAGGGCCAGGGCAUGCCUUGACGGGGAGUCUUUUUAUGUCGAUACCGAGUUGGCCGAAUCGGAUAAGCUCGACUAUUGCCCUAUCCGUCAUUGGGUUUGA